AUGAGGAACUGUGCAGAGGAUUCGGUGAACACGGGAACGUCUCUGGUUCUGUCCAGUCUGCUGUCGGUGCUGGUGUUUGCUGGGAUGCAGAUGUUCAGUAAACAGCUGGGAUCCACCGAGUGGCUCACCACUGGGGGUUUCCUGGGCUCAGUCCUCUUCAUCUGCUCCCUCACCGCAUUUAAUAAUUUGGAAAACCUGGUUUUUGGAAAAGGAUUCCAAGCCAAGAUCUUCCCAGAGAUUCUGCUGUGUUUGUGCCUGUCGCUGUUCGCCUCUGGUCUGGUGCAUCGAGUCUGCGUCACCACAUGCCUCAUUUUCUCCCUCUUCGCUCUGUACUACAUCAACAAAGUGUCGGCGGCGCUCUACCAGGCGGCCGUUCCUGCCGUCACGCCGGCUAAAGCCGCCAGCAAAGGCAAGAGGAAGAACUGAACGACGAGCUGCAGCAGAAAUGGAUCGCUGAAGGUCCUCGCAACACAGCCGCUUUCUGACAACAACUUCUUAAAUCAUCACCCGAGGUUGUUUCCUUUUUUAAGAUUUGGUUUGGGUGUUUUAUUUAAGAAGUUACAGUGGCAUACUCUUAUUUUUUACAGUGAUUUUGAAUUCAAAUCAUAAAGAAACGUCCCUGAUAGUAAGGGAUGAUAAUCAGCUCUACAUUCCCUUCACACACUUUUACUUUUUUUUUUUUUUUUUUUUAGACUGGUUGCGAAGAGAUUCUAAAGUCCUCUCAUGUUUUCUGAAUAUUCAUCAGCACUGAAAGUUGCUGGUGUUUUUUGUUUGUUUAAUUCGUUUUGUAAUUAAACUUUGUGAAAGACUUU